AUGCUAGCGCCAAGAACAUGCCAAUUGGAAGACUUUAAGAGAGCAAGGGACUUGGAGCUAAAAACGCCAAUGCAGAGAAUGCCGAUUCGCCAGUAG